AUGGUAUCAGUAUCAUAAAUACUUAGGAUGGAGAAGAUGAAAUGUAGAAAUAAGCUAGAUUAAUGGCCGAAAAAUAUAAGGAUGGACCUAAAAAGAAAGGAGCAUUAGUGAAAAAAACUCAAGAAGUAUUUCUUAAAUAUUUACACAUUAGAGAACAUAAUUUGAUUCAGCUACACAUGAAAUGCAAAAAUAAGCUUAACAACAUCCUCCUAAAUGA